GAGUAGCUGCUUGGCUUCCUUUCCAAUAGAGCAAUCUGUAGAUGAAAGAAAUAAUCAAUUUUGUACUGAGUUUGUUGGAUGGUUGAUUUCCCUGGUGUGUGUGAGAGAGAGAGAGAGAGAGAGAGAGAGAGAGAGAGAGAGAGAGAUCAGAAAUGGCGCGGGCAGGUGGGAUAACAAACGCAGUGAACGUAGGGAUAGCGGUCCAAGCCGAUUGGGAAAAUCGCGAGUUCAUCUCCCACAUUUCUCUCAACGUCCGCCGCCUCUUCGAUUUCCUUGUCCAAUUCGAGGCCACAACAAAGAGCAAAUUGGCGUCGUUAAACGAGAAGCUUGAUGUAUUGGAACGUAAGCUAGAACUUCUUGAAGUUCAGGUGGGUACUGCAUCAGCCAACCCUUCGCUUUUUGCUCGUGAUGCUUAGCGAAUCAUGCCAUUGUCAUAGACUAUAGUGUACACGGGUUUCCUGUAAGCAUUCCUCCUGUCUAUAGUGUGGACAUGAACAUAUUUCUUCGCCUUGUAACGCAGUUCAAAAUCAAUCUAUUCGUUUCUUCUGGUUUUAUUCGAGUAGAAGAUGUAUCAUUGUUUGUCGUAAGGUUAUUUUGUGAAUUAUACGCUUGAAACAAAGCAUGCUCUGGUUAGAAUC